AUGUUCCUUUAUACGAGGCGGCUCAGUACCUUCGUGUUGGUGGUAGCGCUCAUAUUAUUGGCGCUAACCACCGAGGAUGUGCAUGCCAAGAGGAAUUCCAACAGCCGCGGCAGCUCCAGGUCCACUUCCAGCAGAAAGACCACUCCGCGCACCACCAAAGCUCCCCCGCGCUCCUAUUUGGCUCCUUCGCACCGCUCAGCUCCUUCGAACCAUGCUGGUCCUACGCACCACUCAGUUCCUGCCCACCGCUCGAAGUCGGACAACGAGAGGCUGAGCUACGGAGGUGGAAAGGAGAGCAAGGUGUUCAAUCCGCAGACGGUGCCCUCGGUAACCACCUCGCCAUUUGGCCGGAAUGCCCCGGCCCAGCCCCAAGGACCUCCGCCAGUCUCCUCCCCUAAGGAAAAAAAACCUCCACCAUUCUACACCCCGCCCACCCACAAGAACGGCAGGCCAAAUAUUCAUAGCCCAUCCCGUCCAGCCGCGGGGGCCAGUCCCAGUUCCAGAGGUUCCCACUACGGCGCAGCACACUCCAACACUGGCCACCGCGGUCGCAACAACUCCACGGGAAAAUAUGGAUCGUCGGGUGGCUAUCAGCCCAUUAAGGCCACCAAUGCCCACAAAGUGCAGUCGAGCUAUCCGCGCGAGCAGUUGCCACCCGGAGCCACCUACCACCCGGCGGGGCAGAUUCCAGCUGGAGCCACAUACCAUCCGGCGGGGCAGAUCCCGGCCGGAGCCACCUACCAUCCGCCUGGUCAGAUUCCAGCCGGAGCCACCUUCCAUCCGGCUGCUCAGAUUCCGGCCGGAGCGUCGUACCAAACGGCUGGCCAGGUGCCACAUGGAGCCACUUUUAACCCCGGCAGCCAUCCGGCCGGAGGCUCAUACUAUCCCCAGGGACCCGUGGCCGGAGGAGUCCCGUCAGGCGCCACCUUCCUGCCCGCCGGAGGAGCCCUGCCCGCAGGAGCUGUUUUCCAUCCACAGGCGCCUCAAAAAUCUAGAUCAGGCUUGGGAUUGGGCACUGGUCUCAUUGCUGGAGCCGUGGGUGGUGCCACCCUAGGUGCCAUCACUCCAAACAAAACCAGCAUGGUGGACCAUUUGAAUUCCUUUUUCGGCAGUAAUGGAGGUGGUGGCGGCGGCGGCGGCGACGACAAGAUCAUAAUUGUCAACAACGGUCCACCUGGAUCUGUGACCACCAGUGAUGUUGGGUCUGGCACUACGGUGAUAAAUACUGGAGGAACCCAGGCAGCGGCUAAUCCCUCGCUGCCAGUGCCGCCCGUUUACGCGGCUCCUCCUGCGCCUGGUGUCCAAGCUCUUCCUGUUCCACCAGCUCAGUGGUACCCUGUUAGUGGUACUGUGCCAUUAGCGCCUUUGGGUCCUUCCCCACCAGCCCCGUCUGAUCCUCCGGCUCCUAUCCCUGGAACUGGAACUCCAGUUGGCCCUGGAAUACCAGUUGGCCCUGAAACUCCAAUUGCCCCUGGAUCUCCAGUUGGCCCCGUGAAAGUACCACAACCAGAUCCCAAGGAUCUCACCAAGACGACCGAGGUGGACCAGAUUGCCUUUUCUCCAGCACCACCGCCAGAAACUGCUCCUCCGGCCAAUGGAAUCGCAUCCGUUGAGGGGCCAGUGCCCGCUCCGAUUUCUGGCCCAGGAGCGGUCCAACUACCUCCCUCCGGGGCCAGAAAGCCCUUAACCAUUCCAGAGGGAUCUGUGCCGUUGGCUCCAAUAAUCCCCGGCAGUCAGCCGGAUGCACACAGUGUGGCUGGGCCAACCUUCGGACACGUCAGCCUCAUCUCCACUGUGGUGACCCUGAUUGUGGCCUACUGUCUCCACUGAACGCCCAUCUCCACUCCAAUCAUUUCUCAAUCAAGAACGCAG